AUGAAGUCUCUAAGUGACUGUGCCGGGGAAACCUGGAAAACUGUGUGCAGCUAUGUAAAGCAUGGGGUGGUGUUUAUGGACAACGCCUGUGCAGAGUGUCUUCACUGGCAUGGAGGGCUCCCUCUACUGGCCAAUGCUGGAGCUGUCGAGGUCAAAGAGUUCUCCCCCUUUGAAUCUGCAAGAGUUGAUCAGAAGAAAGGCAUUUUUAUCGUCAGCUCACUACUAUUUGAUGAGACAGCGGAUGUAAUCAAGGAUAUCAUUCAGGCAAGUUCGUUCCAGUAUGUCAUCGUGGUAACCUCGGUCAGCCCACAAGUUCAUUUGUAUGCGAAGACUGGGGCUCUGGAAGGGGUGGACUCAGCGGUGUUUGAACAGCUGGAGGAUAAGCUACUGGAAUGGAUGGGAAAUAUGAACUAUACAUCCGAAGUCCACCACUUGCCCAUAUUUCAUGCUAGUCCUCUAUCAGGUGUAUUUCUGACACCUGCAUUUACCUCACUUUUUCCACUCCUCGAGUCUGAUGUCAAACGGAUUGAACUUCAGCAUAAUGCUGGACGCCAUGCCAAGGGUGAACGUGUGACCUUUGUGACCUUAGAAGAUGUUGACUCCAACAGUUUACCUAAAAGCUUGAAAAUAUAUUAUAAGAGCUUAGCCUCAGGGAUGAAUGACUUGCUGAACCAGUUUGGUGUGAGGGAAGAAGUGUACUGCCUUGGAUACACAUCACGAAUGAUUGCCAUGGAACUGGAGAUCUUCCCUGCAGCUCGACACAGGAGGAAGACGAGGCAGGAUGCAGCCUCCGUGUUGUUCGUUGACCGGUCCCUGGAUUUGGCUUCCGUAACUGGCCACCAGGGGGAGACAUUAUUGGAUCGUAUCAUCCAGAUGUUGCCUCGACUCAAAGACAGUAACGAUGUUCUAGUCGACAUGCAGAGCAUUACAGCUGCACCUAGUAGUUGUGAAAACCCGCUUGUCUGCCCAGGAUGUUUGGCCCAGCCCCCUCACUCCUCCACUCAAACACUCCUAAAUUUUAUGGCAACUUCAAAACAAAAGGAAUCUCUGAUGAACGUUAACAGGCAUUUAGUUGAAGCAGCAACAAAGGAGAAGUUACCUCUGAAGUUAUCCACCAAACCUGGCCGUGUCACCCCUGACCUUUUGACCUCAACUUUGACCUUGUUCAAAAACAACAACAGAGCAAUCGACAAUCAUUGUGAUCUUCUUCAAAUUGCCAUAGCAACUGCUCAAGCCCUGAGCCACCCUGCCAACAGUCGCUAUGACAACCUUACAGGGGUGGAGAAGCUGCUGUUACAGCAGCUGAGUGAAGACAGUGAACCUUCUCCGCUGUCACAAAUCACACAGCUUCUCAACACAGAGAUGGCCAAACCAAGACAAGAAAGGAAUCUUUCACUAGAUGAUUUUCUUGCGUUGUUGUUGUUCACAUACUCAGUCAUGGGGGAUGUCUAUACCAGCCCUGAGGAAGACGAGAACGAGGCUAAGGUAGCUCUGGUAAACGCCAUAAUAAAGGAAAAAGAUGCACUGCCCAGUUUGGUACAGGAUUUAGUUGGUGGAACCGUAAACCGUGGUGUGGUACAGGCUGUUGUAGAGGACAUGUGGUACAAGUUAGAGAGUGUGGGGAGUGCUCGCUCACAUCUCAAACAGUUCGGAUCCCUGGUGAACCCUGGUAGUGCAGUCUCACCCACAGUCUUCACCCCGCUUCUGAAACUGAUAACAGAGGACAUUUUCAACCCACAGAAGCCUGAUCUGGUGGAUAUCGAGUACAAAUCAAGUGGAUUCAAAGAUCUGCUGAAGACAGGAUUUGGGUUUUUCAUGAAUGUACGGAAGCCUCGCCCCAGUGACCACCCUUUGCUGGUAAUCUUUGUGGUUGGAGGCGUGACCUCUACAGAGGUCAAACAGAUACGGGAUGUUGUUUCAUCUCACAAGUCCACGACUCAAGUGAUCAUUGGAAGCACUCAUUUGGUGAAACAGGAGAAUAUAUUACAGAAAGUGUUAGCACAGGACAAUCUACUGGCACAGCAGUGCUCCUGAACCAUUGUUAGCCAUAAAAAUAUAAAUCUCCUACGAUUUUAUGGAACUUUCCACCAACUGAUCAUGUGCAGGAAAGACUGUAGUGCAGAAAGGUCAUUAGUUGGAGAAAAAACAUAUGAAGCUCUGUCUAAUUUACUGUUGAUUUUUAACAGCUUAAUACAGUAUUAUUCCUGUAUUACACUGAUGAAAGAUCAUUAAAGUAAUCUGUGUAGACAAAGUGUAUAUAAAAUCAACAGGUAAGAACGUGUAAUUUAGGGAAUGAAAUAAGGUAAUUUAUAUUAUAAUUUAGACAUGGGCAUUUUGUAGUUCAGAAUAUUUGCCCCGCCUGGGCCAUUAUACUGAUAGGGUCAACCAGUCAUUGCACUAUCCCCUUCAUGCGGAACGCCAAGCGAGCAAGUUACAACUUCCUCUUUUAAGGUCUUUGGUGUGACUCGACCCAGGAUUGACACAGGGUCUACGGCUCCAGAUUCUCUCUUUGGAAAUGGAAACAAUAUUCAGUAUAGUCAGUGCAGAUUGUGACGAACAAGGCCAAGAAGUCCAUAUCACUGUAAAAGGCAUCGCUUUUUUGCUGAAAUAUCUGCAGUGCUUGUGAGCUACCUAAGUGUUUUGUGAGCAUGUCCCUGUGUACCCUGAAAAUGUAAUGUGCGGUGAAGGGCCUAAACAAUCGCCCAACACAAAGUGUUGCAAAUUUUGCCAAAUUCUGAGAAUUUAUCUUAGGAAGAUGUUGUGAGGUUUAUUUGGAAGGUAGGAUGAUAUCCUACUGGGAAAAUUUAAGCUUCAGCACCAAAAGGAAUACUUUAGGAUAUUUAUUUGCCUAUUAAAAUGCAAUUUUGCGGAACAAACUUUCAGGCCAUUUGUCGAACAUUGUAAUGCAUGGAAGAACGAAGGAGUACAUAAUUGUGGACUACUUUGUUAAAGAUGGAAAGGAGUCUGACAAGUUCCCACAGAAUAUGCGCAGUCUGAAGGCCUGUGCAAGCAAUAAGGGCUUGGUUGAGAACUUACUGUGACGUGCUAAUUUAUUUCAUUCGUUUCCAGCUACCGAGAUAGAAGUAUAUCAAUAGAACAGUGCUAAUUGUUCGAUGUAGACGAACGGUUUUGGUGAAGGGUUUUUGGUGAGACCUGUUAUGCCUGUGGUUCUUAUGCCUGUAAUUAUAAUAAAGGAAA